CAGUGCCCGGAUUUCACGGGCCACCCGGAGUCGAGCCUUGGGGUUGGGCGAUAAACAGGCCGUGGCCAAGGAGGAGGGGGGAGGGGGCGUUCGCUCUGCCGGGACUUCUCACAGACACCCCCUCCUUGUUAUUUUAGGUGUGGUUUGGUCCAGAUGUGGGGUUCCGGUAGCGGGUUUGAGAUUAAUCUAUUGUGAAAGGGGAAAGUAGCUCCGGCGGAAAGCGGUUAAAUCUGCGGAGAGGCUUCGAGACGGGAGUUCUCCCCCAUGCCAACCGAAUGGUGUGGCCCUGAGUUGGUCUGGGAGCCGGCCCGACGUGUCUGAGAGAGGCCCCAGAGGGGGCGGGGAGGUGGCCCGCAGAACGCGGGUUCUGUGAAGAGACGUGGGGAAGAUUCGACUCCGAGAAAAGGAAGAUCCCGCUUGAAAGGGAGGGAGGCCGCUGAGGGGGCGGGGGGCUGCCAAGAUGGCGUCUGCCUCGUCUGGGUCGUCGGCGGUCGGGUCUUCACCCGUGGAUUCCGGGGGUCCCUCCCUGCACCUCGUCCUCAGCGUCUGGAAUCAAGAGACCCAUGGCAUCUGAGGUGCUUUAUGCCUCUGGCAUGCCCAUGAAGAAAAUAGGCCACCGAGGUGUUGAUUCCUCAGGAGAGACAACAUAUAAAAAGACAACCUCAUCAGCCUUAAAAGGUGCCAUCCAGUUAGGCAUUACUCACACUGUGGGGAGCCUGAGUACCAAACCAGAACGUGAUGUCCUCAUGCAAGACUUCUAUGUGGUGGAGAGUAUCUUCUUCCCGAGUGAAGGGAGCAACCUGACCCCUGCUCAUCACUACAAUGACUUUCGGUUCAAGACUUAUGCACCGGUUGCCUUCCGCUACUUUCGGGAGUUAUUUGGUAUCCGGCCUGAUGAUUACUUGUACUCCCUCUGCAGUGAGCCGCUGAUUGAACUCUGCAAUUCUGGGGCUAGUGGUUCCCUCUUCUACGUGUCCAGUGAUGACGAAUUCAUCAUUAAAACUGUCCAGCACAAAGAGGCGGAGUUUCUGCAGAAGCUGCUUCCAGGAUACUACAUGAACCUCAACCAGAACCCUCGGACUUUGCUGCCUAAGUUCUAUGGACUCUACUGUGUGCAGGCAGGUGGUAAGAACAUUCGAAUUGUUGUGAUGAACAAUCUCUUACCACGGUCAGUCAAGAUGCAUAUCAAAUAUGACCUCAAGGGCUCAACCUACAAAAGGCGGGCUUCUCAGAAAGAGCGAGAGAAGCCUCUCCCCACCCUUAAAGACCUGGACUUCUUACAAGACAUCCCUGAUGGUCUCUUUUUGGAUGCUGAUAUGUACAGUGCUCUAUGCAAGACCCUGCAGCGUGACUGUUUGGUUCUGCAGAGCUUCAAGAUAAUGGAUUAUAGCCUUCUGGUAUCAAUCCAUAACAUAGAUCACGCACAGCGAGAGCCUUUAAGCAAUGAAGCACAGUAUCCAGCCGACACUCGUAGACCAGCCCCUCAAAAGGCUCUCUAUUCCACAGCCAUGGAAUCUAUCCAGGGCGAGGCUCGACGAGGUGGUACUGUGGAGACAGAUGACCAUAUGGGUGGUAUACCAGCUCGGAAUAGUAAAGGGGAAAGGCUGCUGCUUUAUAUUGGAAUCAUAGACAUUCUACAGUCUUACAGGUUUGUUAAGAAAUUGGAGCACUCUUGGAAAGCUCUGGUACAUGAUGGGGACACCGUAUCGGUGCAUCGCCCAGGCUUCUAUGCUGAACGGUUCCAGCGCUUCAUGUGCAAUACAGUGUUCAAGAAGAUCCCCUUGAAGCCUUCUCCUUCCAAAAAGUUUCGGUCUGGCUCAUCUUUCUCUCGGCGAGCAGGCCCCAGCGGCAACUCCUGCAUAACUUACCAGCCGUCGAUCUCUGGGGAACCCAAGGCACAAGUGACAACAAAGGCGGAAGUGGAGCCAGGCGUCCACUUAGGUCGUCCUGAUGUUUUACCUCAGACUCCACCUUGAGAAAUCAGUGAGGUCUCAACUAUUCCUGACCCUUAUUUCUCACCUGUAAUUGGAGAGACUUUGCAAAUGCUAACUACAAGCUCAACCAUCUUGGAAAAGCCUGAAGUUACAGAUUUUACAGAGUCAGAGUUUAUCCACUGAGCAGAAAUCCUCAGAAGACCUGGAAUAAGAUUCUACCAUCUCUGUGAUCACAAGAUGUCAGCCCUUGGACCCAGCAGUGCUGAAUUUUCUUUUUAUUGGUCAUCCAAAAAGGAGUGUUAAUGGAGGCUAGGGGAGUUCUCCAUCUCCUCCCUGAAGAAGAACCUCUUCUACUUCCCCUUCCUCAUGAGUGGGCAUUAGUGCCUCGGACAGUUGAGGACAGCAGCAUCCUCUCCACUCCUGUGCUAGGGUGGCACAAGUUUUCAACUAGCCAACCUUGGCUUCCACAACUGAAUUAUUUUCAUACCCCUAUUCUUCCUGUUGGGAAUGGGGGUUGCUGGACUUGAUAGUUUUCUUCCCCCUCACUUACCUUUCACCAGGAGCUGGACUCAUUAUUAAUUUCCUCAGGACAGACUGGCUGGUACAUCAUCCCCACCUUAGCUCUUUCUCUCUGGAAGAAGACCCCCGUAAUCUUUGUAAAGGUUUUUUUGCUGGGUGAGGGUGUUUAACCACCUCCCAACCCGCUUCCUUUAUUUCCUUAAAAAAGGAAAAGAAAAAUGGCACACAGCACACAGUUUCAAGCCAGACAGUGUCAGAGCAAAACUCCAGAAGCGUUGGGGAGAUGCCUAUUCGUCGGGUUCCUGCAGAAGAGCCCCGGGUAUUUGAGAAGCAAAAGUCUGGUGUUUGCUCUGCGAGGAGCAGCUCCUCUUUAACUCCUCCUCUCUAAUGAAUUUCUUAAGGCUGAAGGAAUGGAGAGAGUGGGACAUGGGGUAAUCUUUACCCCUUUGUUAAACAGUGGGGCAGUGGUGGGGCUAAACGAUCCAGAACCCUUCUUAGGCAGGACCUACUCACUGCCAGGCCAUAAUGAUUCUUACUGUUUUUCAAUUUGAAAUGUAUUCUGCUUGUUUUUCUAAAUACGAAGACUUAUCAAAUGAAUUUUAGAUUCUUCUCCAAAGGAGAUUUCUUCCUUGCUUUUACCACCUUUUUCCAACAGUGUUCUGCUGUUCAUGGAGCUGAGAUGUAGAGGGGACACCUGUGUCCGGUUAGCAGGUCGUCCAUAACUAUGAGGCUAGAGAAUAUUCUCUUAAACUCAUGGGAAGCCAGCAGAUUCUUGCCUUAGUGAGGUCAUUGCUGUGCUACAUGCCUUGCUGCCUCUCUUCAUGCAGAGAACUUGGAAAUGGGGGCUGUGUAAUCCCUCUCCUCCUCAUGUUCUCCAUCCAAUCCUCCUCCUGUCAGGGGAAGAAGCAGGCCUGGCAUCUCAGGCAGAUUGUUGAAUCCUUAUACUAUCCCCUCUCCACCCCACCCAACGUUGAUAGUAAGUUAGCCUGUACCCCCAAGUAACUGUCUAUAUUAGACACCCCAGCCAGUUUCUGGCUGCCUGUCUUUGCUGCCAUGUUCUUUUUUACGAGAAGGAAAGAAACAAUUCUUGCUAUUUUUUUUCAUAAUUUACUAUUUAUGAUGUAUUUAAGUGUUUUAUUCAGGACAGAGUUCUGUAGGGGGUGGGAGGGAAUAUUUGAGGGAGGCUGGGUCUUAGGGAUGGGAAUCAACAUUUUUAUGAAGUGUCACAAUUUGCCUCUACUUUGUUCAGAAAUGGCAAAUACAGUAUAAAAGUGAUAAAUACCUGGUUUUAAUGUAUUAAACUUUCAUCAGUUAUUUAGA